CCUGCCAGUAUGGUAGCCACGGAAAGAGCGCGGCGUAGCCUUUUGUGGGCAACUGUUGCUGCAUUUAUCCUAGCUGUAAAUGCGUCUUUUGUGGAAGACUUAGAUGACUCGUUUAAAGAAAACCGUAAAAAUGACAUUUGGCUUGUAGAUUUUUAUGCACCUUGGUGUGGUCAUUGCAAGAAACUGGAGCCUGUGUGGAAUGAAGUUGGUAAAGAAAUGAAAAGCAUUGGAUCUCCAGUUAAAGUUGGAAAGAUGGAUGCCACUUCGUAUUCUAGUAUUGCAUCUGAGUUUGGAGUUCGAGGCUAUCCAACAAUUAAGCUGCUGAAGGGUGACUUGGCAUACAACUAUAGAGGAUCUAGGACCAAAGAUGACAUCAUUGAGUUUGCAAACAGAGUAGCAGGGCCUGUUAUCCGAACUCUCCCUAGCCAGCAGAUGUUUGAACAUGUACAGAAGAGGCACCGGGUACUUUUUGUGUACGUUGGUGGGGAAUCACCAUUAAAGGAAAAAUACAUAGAAGUUGCUUCCGAACUAAUUGUUUAUACAUACUUUUUUUCUGCCUCAGAAGAGGUAUUACCUGAGUAUGUGACUCUCCCUGAAAUGCCAGCUGUUCUAGUUUUUAAAGAUGGAACUUACUUUGCAUAUGAUGAAUAUGAAGAUGGUGACUUGUCAUCCUGGAUAAACAGAGAGAGAUUCCAGGGAUAUCUUAAUGUAGAUGGAUUUACACUCUAUGAGCUUGGAGACACAGGCAAACUUGUGGCGAUUGCAGUUAUUGAUGAUAAGAAUUUUUCCGCUGAACAUACUAGGUAAGUUGUUAUGGUCAAAUUGGUAUUAAGGAGAUGGAGAAGCUUUUUUAACAGGAACUUCCAGUUUGGCCACAUGGAUGGAAAUGAAUACAUUAAUAGUUUACUAAUGGAUGAUUUGAAAAUCCCCACUGUUGUUGUAUUGAACACAUCCAAUCAACAAUAUUUCCUGCCUCAUAAACCCAUCGAGAACUCUGAAGAUAUGGUACAGUUCAUUAAUGAGAUCUUGGAAGGCACUGUAGAAGCACAAGGUGGAGAUGGAAUUCUUCAAAGAAUCAAGAGAAUAAUUUAUGAUGCCAAGUCUACUGUAGGAUCUGUUUUCAAGAGUUCCCCACUUCUGGGCUGCUUUCUCUUCGGCCUACCACUGGGUGUCAUCAGCAUCAUGUGUUACGGAAUUUGUACUGCUGACACUGAUGGAGGUUCAGGGGAAGCAGAGCCACUGACGGAGGAAACAGCAGGCCGGGAGCUGACUGACGAAGGCACUGAAGGCACUGAUGAAGGCACAGAAGAAGAACAGGAGGGGAUGAGUGAAGAAGCCAUGGAACUUGCAGAUGAAGGAGCCACAGAACUUGCAGGUGGAGAGCCGGAACAGAAAACGAUAUUGGAAAAGAAAAAAGACUAAACUGAUAGCUAAAGAGUUUCUCUGUAGAAUUUCAAAAUAUUUAUUGAAUUUAUUGAAUUCAGCCAUUUACCUGCAACCUUCAGAGAAAAGACAUUUUUGUCAAUUUUAUUUGCAUGCUUUAAAUAGCUUGGCAGUGAUGAGAAGGAGUGGGUGGGAGCUUUGGGCUUUGAAGUCUCAUUCUUAGCUUGUUGGGGAAAAAAACAGAUUUAGGAAUAUACAUGGAUGUCAUUUCUUAAUGAUGUGUUACUGUUUGCGGGCUGCCACUGGGCAACAGAUAAUCCUUUUCUGGUGCCUGUUCUGAGGUUAAACAAUAUGACCAAAGUAAACAAAAGUCACCUUUAUUAUAUGUAUACCUAUGUUUGAAAGCAGGGAUGAUCUCAGAAACUGUAGAAUGAAAUCUGUAUAUAUAACUGAACUUUAGAAACUCUUUAUUGGAGAACAUGCACUGAAGAUGUUACAAAACCUAUUUUUACUUUAGUUAUUGUAGAUUUUACAAAGCAAUUCCAUUUUGCCCCUUGAAGUAAACAUAAGUUCUACUUAUCUGCUGAAGAGGAGUAUGAGUGUCUCCUCAGAAUGACAGUUAAUACAAGUUUUUAAAGAUAUUAAAUUUGCAUCUGCCUCCUGCUUUGAUACAGUGAAAAAAAUGUUACAGAUUUUUUUUAAACCCAUUGGUUUCUGUAUUUUACUUUAAAAACAAAGUAUGGUUUACUUGAAGAGGAAAUAUCCUUAUAUCCCUCCCAAGUACUUGACAAACCUGUGGGCUCAAUUUGCUCAUAAUAUCACUGACUGAAUACUCUGUAUGGAUGUAUGUGUAUGUUGGGUACAUGAUUCCAUGACAAAUUUUCAUCCAGUGUAUCAUAAUAUUCAGUCUUGUUACAUCUUUGACAUGCACCAGUGGGGGAAAAAUAUUUAAACAAAUAUUAACUUGUUAACAUGGAUAUCUGCACUUAUGUCUCUGACUACAGGCUGUUGACUGGAGGAAGAGUUAAUUAUCUGUAGCACUGUUAACAGUUAUAGAAAAGGGAGUAUUUGUCACCAUAAUGCAUUUUUAUUAGUUGCUUAAUCAUAUAAGUCAUCUCUAAUACUUCCCCAUGACAUUGAAAGAGAAUAAGCUGUCUUCAGAGUUGGGAUCUCCUGGGGUAAGCCGUAAGAUGGUGUUGGGAGUAUUGAUACCAUGGUGAUUACCAUAGCAACCAAGCCUAUGCUGCUCAUUUUCAGUACUGAGGCUGUGUCACAUUCAGUUGUAAAAAUAUAAAACAUAAAAGCUUUUCAGCUUGUUGAUCACUGUACAACCUUUUGAUAUAAUGUGGAUAUUAUCCAUACUGGGCAGCUCAGUAUAGUUAGUAUAUAUGUAUUCUAUUCUAAAGAAAUUUAGGAUUGAAUAGAUUAAAAAAAAAAAACUAAAGAGACUGGUUAAGUUGCACAAAGGUAGACUCUUGCUUUCUCUGUAGAAGCCAAAAUCCAGGAAAACACAGUCCAACUGAACAAGAUUUUCUAACUUAAGAAAUGUUAAUAGGAUAAAAAUUAUGCUGCCUAUGCAUACUGGUUGUGUUUCUAGUAAGGAUCACUUUUAUUUCAUUGAGAAGAAUUAAUGAUUUUGAUAGAAGUGCAUAUUGCUUUUCAUAAAAAGAAACCAUGAGGACUACAGUUACUCUGCCCCCAAGAGGGAAUUACUGUUUUGUUUAUUUUCAUUUAUAGAUCAUUUAAAAAUGUUUGUGACAGUUUGGCUGUGUGAUCCUUUUUAUAUUAUUUCAAUAUGAGCAGUUCAUUUCAGUUGUGGCUAUAUCAAAGAGCAAAGUCCUUCUAAAAGUAUUUUUUGGUUCCAGAGUUCUUGGGAUGUCAUUCAAAUCUUGUCUUAUACCUACAGUUAGCUUUUCACAUAUGGUGAUUUCUUCCAGCUACAGGAAGAACUCCUCCAUUUUUGCUGCAUACUCCAUGACAGACUCAAGAGUUUGGUAUCUGCUCCCUAGAGUCUAGAUUCUCUGUGGCAGGGAGGCAGCCUUCAGGUGGUGUACCUUUUGUUGCUUUGAAUAUUCUUUAGCGUAGCAGGCUUAAAGAAAGCUUGCUUAAGCCUAUUAUUGCUAAUGCUUUAAAAAUGAUAUUUUAAUUAGAUCUUUGUUCCCAUAGCUACUGGUUGUGGCUAAAUUCUCUUCCAGGUCUAAAGGGUGUACAUUCCAAGAUAACAGAUCCUUCGAACACUUCUUCAAAUUAUAUAGUAUUAAGCAAGUAGAUUUUGAGUGGUUUGGUCAGUGUCAGUUUAAGAAUAUAUUUGUUUGCCAUUCCGCUUAUGGUCAAACUACCUGCUGUUAUCCAAACUGAAAUCUGUUUACCACUUCAUUCCAUAUAUGUGACAUUAUAGUUGACUGUACUUUAAUUGAUG